AUGGAGCGGGAUUUCUAUCGCUCUACAGAUUUUGGACUACCCCACAAAGAGCGUAUCAAAGCCUAUCUUGCGAGCAUAACAGCGGACACAGCCUACGACGGUUUCGACAAGCGUCUUCUACAACAGGUGGAACUAUUAGAGGUCGAUCUAGAGCUGGGACAAACGGUUUACGUCUUCUCUGUUCAAGAUUUCAUGUCCAACAAGGACGGCAACCUUCACGGUGGUGCUGUCGCAACCCUGAUGGACAAUCUGAGCUCCACUGCUCUUGUCACUGUACAAAAACCAGGAUUCUGGGACAGUUUCGGGAUCAGCCGGUCACUUGCCAUUAUAUAUCACCGGACCAUGCCUGAGAACGCAGUGCUGCUCAUCAGAUGUAGUGUCCUCGCUGCAGGGAGACAAAUGGCUACAGUAAAGGCGGUGAUAGAAGGGCAAAAUGGUACCAUUCACGCAAGCUGCGUACAUGAGAAAUUCGCUGCUCCAACACCAAAGCUGUGA